AUUCUUCAUUUUUUACAUUCUAUUCCUUAAUUCUUGAUACACAAUACACAAAUCUUAUAAAAGCCAGAAUUUUAAACCAUGCCUUUCUCAUCCAAAUUACCUUUGAUUAUGUUUUUUUGUUCCCUUAUUAUCCAUUCAUCUUUAGCUGAAGUUGUGUGUGAGGAAUUGCAAAAGGAUCUAUGUUCUUUCUCAAUAGCUUCUUCGGGAAAACGGUGUUUGUUGGAGACAGAGAAGGCUGCAGAUGGUGGCAUCGAGUAUCAAUGUAGGACAUCAGAAGUAGUGUUGGAGCGAAUGGCGGGAUACAUAGAGACAGAUCAAUGUGUGAAAGCAUGUGGAGUUGAAAGGAAUUUUGUCGGAAUUUCUUCCGAUGCAUUGCUUGAGCCACAAUUCACAGCCAAACUUUGUUCAUCAUCUUGUUACCAAAAUUGCCCCAAUAUUGUUGACCUUUACUUCAAUUUGGCUGCUGGGGAAGGUGUGUUUUUGCCUGACCUCUGUGAGAUACAAAAGACCAACCCUCAUCGCGCUAUGAUCGAGCUUGUGAGCUCUGGAGCUGCACCUGGCCCUGUUUCUGCUCUGUCACAAGACAAGCAUGUAGCAUUUGCCCCUUCUCCCCUGUAAACAAAGUAUCCUAGCCCCAUAAAUUAACUUUCACUUUAUUUUGGCAUAGAUUGCAAAAAUAUAUUACGAGUUCAUUAUUAUGUUAUUGGAUUUGAUUAUUGUAAUAAUCUUUGAUGAAGAAACAGUAAUUUGUUGCUACUCGGGGAAUUUUCUCAUUUUGGAAUUUGGUUGUGCUCCAAAUACUUUCAAUAAAUGUGAUGCAUUAUUUGUUAAAUUUUUUAACUCUCAUUGAUAUUUUAUGA